AUGCAUGCGAAGUACUGUCUGGGUCAGAAAGCUUCUUGUCUCGAGAUCAGUCCUGACGGAUCUACCUUUCUGGUUGGCCAGGAUAAUGGCCAACUUAUAUCAUUGCAUAUGUUGAACGAAACACUGAUAGUGUCAAAUGCGUGCGAACGGCAUCAAUCCAAAAUCACGGAUAUCGCAUUCAAUCCAACUGCUGACUUGAUCGCCACUUGUUCGAAUGAAAAUAAAAUCGAGUUGUCCUCUUUUAAAGUGGAUAUAUCAAAGCCAGGAAAUCGAAAAAUGAGCAUGUCUAUGAAUGAUUCUGUUCGAGCCUUAACAUUUAUGGAGGAUUUGGCUAAUCAUUCAAAUAUUUUAUUUUCUGGUGUUGGUUGCCAAAUUUGUAUUACUGAUUGUUCUUCUGGCACCACUUUUCGUGUCUUGAGAGGCCAUCGUGGUGUAAUAACAUCAUUUUGUACAUGGGGUGGUUGUAUGUUUGCAAGUUCGUCUGCAGACAGAACGAUCCGUUUGUGGGAUAUGCGUGUUAGUGAAGCAGUACGAGUGUUUGAUCCACUUAGAAAACCUAUUGCAACUUGUGUUUUCCACGUGGAUGGUACUGGCCGAAUUUUAAUACGAGGAGAUGCGGGUGGUGUUAUACAUAUAUUUGACACGUCUUCAAUGAAGAAGAUUACUACUAAGCGAUUUUCGUCUCAACCAAUUUCUUGUCUUCGCUUAGCACAUACGCAACGUUUACUGGCUGUAGCUGAUAAGGAUCGAAUCGCCUUAUGUGACUUGCGAGAUGUAAUGCAGAUUGCUGAAUGGCCUUGUGUUGCGAAGUGUUCCGCUAAAAAUACUGUGCUGAGGUGGCAUCCUACAAAUCCAUCAAUCGCAACAUUGGAUACUCAAAGUAGUCUGAAUUUUUGGCAAUUGCAGCAGUGA